AAUGAGGUGUCUGCAGUGGCUGAAAUGGCCAAAGUAAAAUGCCACAGUUUGUCAUGUAGGUGGAGCUACACGGAGAUAAUGGGAGGGUGAGUAAAAGGGACUAGAACAUGUGCUGUAAAGUGUGAAGACUGAGGGCAGAGCUUCAGUGGCUUAGGGUGAGAAGGCUUGUUAAUUUUACAGAAGAGAUAGGGUGAGCAAGCUGCAGAACCCACACCACAGUGAUAGAGAAAGGAAGUGUGUCAAUCAGUUUGAGACAUGACUUUGUAGUUCUUUUUUUAAUUUUUGGUUUCCUGAAACGGACAUGAACGCGGAUGGCAGCAAACAGCGUUAUGUGUCGACCUUCAAAACACGCAUCAAGGCCCCCUGUGCAUCACCUGCCGCAGGGAAUGGCCCAGGAGCCAUUGACACCAGGACUUCUGUCAUAUGUACUGAUGCAGGGUCUAAAUAUAUGGAUCCACCUGUCUUCAUAGAACCCCUGAAGGACUGCUUUGUGGAUGAAGGAAAUGACAUUAGGUUACAUGGGGUUCUCACAGGAAGUCUGCCAAUCAAAAUAUCGUGGCUGCACAAUGGGGAAGUGGCCCGUUUUGGGAAGGCUUCCUUCAACGGCCGGGAGGUGAGGUUUGUGGUGAAGGAGUGCUUGCCAGAAGAUGCUGGUGCCUACACCUGCUUGGCAGAAAGCAGUGCAGGGAAGACAUCUUGCAGUGCUGCUGUGGUUGUCAGAGACUUUGAAAGUAUCUGUGGGGUGCAGAAUCGUGUAUCAAAGAGUCCCACUUCUCCAUCCAAAAGUGUAAUGGGAAAUGGAAUUUUACAACAGGCUCCAAAAGACGAGCUGCAGAAAUUUAAAGGAUCUAUUUGCACCUCUCCUACAGGCUCUGAUAGGCAGAGCUCAGUUUCAUCUCCAAAAGAAGUCAUCCCAAAGAAGAGAGCCAACUCAAGCACAGGCCAAGUAAUAUGUUUUGAAAACCCACCACAGCACCUGGAGGUGAAGGUGGGACAAACUGCCAGGCUGACGUGCACUUUUAAGGGCUGUCCUCCUGUGGCAUCUUGUUGGAUCAGAAACAAAGAACAGGUAGUGGACAGCCCAGAGCUGCAAACAGAACACACUAAUCGAAGUAGUACGCUGGUUAUAGAAGAGGCUAAACCCCAUCAUGCAGGUCGCUACACUGUUGUAGUAAAAGACCGAAAGAGCUCAGCAGAACACACAGUCACACUUUCUGUUAUAGAGAGACCGCAGCCUCCCGCCUCUGGUCCAGUGAUCUCCCUCGUCUCUGCAUCCAGCCUCGUGCUAUCCUGGUCAGGCCCCUGCUAUGAUGGUGGCAGUGUUAUCCUUGGUUAUGUAGUUGAAGUAAAGAACCAAGGAAGAGCUGAGCCUGAGGUUUGGAGCGAGCUGACGACCGAGUGUAAGAGUACCUCGUACAGAGUGUCUUCUGGGCUCCAGCCUCAGCAAGAAUACUGUUUCAGAGUAAAAGCCUAUAACGCAGCGGGAGUAAGCGAGCCCGGCCCAGUGUCACCAGUGGUUAGAAUGGAGCAGAGAGACUCAGACAAAGUGCAAAAAGAAGAAGCCCCUCGGAUGUAUACCACUGUCUCCAUUGACUCUGCCCACAAAGUCACGGAUCACUACAAUGUACAGGAGAAACUGGGAAUGGGAAAAUUUGGCAUGGUGUACAAGCUAACCCACAAAGAGACGGGAUGUGUGUGCGCUGGGAAGUUCUAUAAAGGACGCCGUGCCAAGGAGAGGGAAGCUGCUCGUAAGGAGAUCGAGCUGAUGAAUUACCUCCACCACCCCAAACUGGUUCAGUGUCUGGCAGCAUAUGACCAAAAGUCUGAAAUAGUCAUGGUCAUGGAGUUUAUUGCGGGUGGGGAACUGUUUGAGCGCAUUGUGGAUGACAACUUUGAGCACACAGAGCCUUCAAGCGUGCACUACAUGCAGCAGAUCCUGGAGGGGAUCGCCUACAUGCAUCAGCAAAGCAUUCUCCAUCUGGACCUCAAACCUGAAAACAUUGUAUGUGUUGACACCACAGGCACCUCCAUAAAGAUCAUUGACUUUGGAUUAGCCGGCAGGCUAGAUAAAAACACACCUCUGAAGGUGUUGCAUGGGACUCCAGAGUUUGUGGCACCUGAAGUGAUCAACUAUGAGCCUGUGUGUUUGGGGACUGACAUGUGGAGUAUUGGGGUGAUCUGCUACAUAUUGCUCAGUGGAGAAUCUCCAUUCCAGGGAAACAGUGAUGCAGAGACCCUGGCUUUGGUCACAGCUGCUCAGUGGGAGUUUGAUGAGGAGAGCUUUGAUGAGAUAACAGAGGAGGCUAAAAACUUCAUAAGCUCUCUGCUCAACAGAGACCCCAGGAGGAGAAUGUCCUGUGAAGAGGCCCUUGCUCACCCCUGGAUGGCAGCAUUUAAAUCUAAAGGCCUCGCCUCCACCAAGAGUCUGUCCAAAGAGAAGAUGAAGAGGUUUUUAGCUCGACAGAAGUGGAAGAAAGCUGGCAAGGCCAUGUUAGCACUGAAGAGAAUGGCUCUACUCUCUAAAGCGGACAGCUCUGCGUCUCCCACAAGUCUCAGAGAAGACUUACCCCUGAGCCCAGAGGCAGAGGAAGUCUUGCCCUCGCUGGAGCUUAAGCUGCAGGAACCACCCCUGUUUACCCAGAGCUUGGAGGACCAAACUGCAACUCAGGGUUCCAGUGCCCGUCUCUCAUGUCACCUCACAGGAUACCCUGACCCAGAGGUGGUGUGGCUAUGUGGUGAUGAGCCUAUCGAGGAGUCCUCCACUGUGCAAAUAGAGUAUGAGGAAGAUGGCCAGUGUACCCUAGUUCUAGCCAAAGUUGGCCCAGAGGACACCAAUGUUUACACCUGUAGGGCCACUAAUGACCAUGGGGAGGCAUUUUCCUCAGCCAAACUAACUGUCCGAAAAUAGUUUCAUUAUAUUAUAUUAUGUGUGCAGAGAUAACAGGUAUAAUUAGAAUUUUCUUGGUGCCUUUACCAGCUGUGUUGUACAUCCUUGUUUUGAUGUGAGGAAUAAAAACAUCCCGUGGCAUGGCUGGAAAUAUA